GCUCACUCCCUCUCUCUCUUCCUCUCUCUGUAUAUAGAGAUGAGUGGAGGAAGAGGGAACAGCCAAGUGCGACAGUGUCUCUGUUAGCGCUUAGCUCACACACGUUCUACAACAGAGAUAACCGUCAGAAAGAAGAAACUGGCUAACGUCCCUGCUGCCUUUUGCUUUGAUGUUUUAGUCUAAAUGGACGAACAGAGCGAAGGGGAGCAUGUGCUUACGGGUCUAGAUGAGGAAGCCAUAGUUGACCAUGGAAAGACCAGCUUCACCACUCACACAAACUAUGAAAGUGAAGAUUUGGAAAGCCACAGAGCAGUGUAUGUAGGCGUCCAUGUUCCCCUUGGCAGGGAGAGCAAACGGAGACAUCGCCACCGAGGACACAAACACCACCGCAAGAAGAAAGAGAGAGACUCUGAGGAGGGGAAAGAAGAUGGCAGGGAAUCCCCCACUUAUGACACACCAUCCCAGCGGGUCCAGUUCAUCCUGGGUACAGAGGAUGAUGACCUCGAGCACGUCCCCCAUGACCUUUUCACUGAGCUGGACGAGCUGUCCUUCAGAGAUGGCAGUGCCACUGAGUGGAAGGAGACUGCCAGAUGGUUGAAGUUUGAAGAGGAUGUGGAAGACGGUGGGGAGAGGUGGAGUAAGCCCUAUGUGGCUACGUUGUCACUACACAGCUUAUUUGAACUGCGUAGCUGCAUACUCAAUGGCACAGUCAUGCUGGAUAUGAGGGCCAACAGUAUUGAGGAAAUUGCAGACAUGGUGAUAGACAGCAUGGUGGCAUCAGGCCAGCUGAAGGACGAUUUGUGCAACAAGGUGCGGGAAGCCAUGCUGAAGAAACACCACCACCAGAAUGAGAGAAAGCUCAGCAAUCGCAUCCCUCUGGUGCGCUCCAUUGCUGACAUAGGCAAGAAACAUUCUGACCCAUUCUUGCUUGAAAGAAACGGAGAGGGCCUGUCCUCUUCACGCCUCUCUCUCCACAAGCCAGGGGCAGCCUCCUCUGUCUCCAACCUCUCCCAGAGACGAGAGUCCAGAGUCUCCGUCCUGCUCAACCAUCUCCUGCCCUCUUCUUCCUCCAACACUGGGCCCUCCCCAGGCCCCUCAUCCUUCACCCCUCAAAAUACCCCCACUUUCUUCCGGUGUUCCUCCCAAAGCCCGCCAUGUAUCCAUGGCGCAGGCCUUGGCCCUCAAGGCAUCCCUGAGGUGGUGGUAUCACCUCCUGAGGAUGACGAUCCACCGAACUCUGCAGAAGAAGAGGCAGCAUCACUACAGCUCAGUCGACGAGCAUCCUCGGCAUCCCAGGGCCUCGAGCUGCUGCCCUUAGAAGGACCGUUGGUGUCUCGCAAUUCUGUCCCAAACAACCUGGAUGGCAACAAGGCAGUGGAGAGGAGGCCAUCCAAAGUAGGGGUCAGUAGAGAAAGCAGCAGUGUCGACUUCAGCAAGGUGGACAUGAAUUUCAUGAAAAAGAUUCCUCCAGGUGCUGAAGCUUCCAACGUACUGGUGGGAGAAGUGGAUUUCCUGGAGAAGCCCAUAAUUGCCUUUGUACGACUGUCCCCAGCAGUCCUUAUCACAGGCCUCACAGAGGUGCCUGUGCCCACAAGGUUUCUUUUCCUGCUUUUGGGUCCUCAUGGCAAAGGGCCUCAGUACCAUGAGAUCGGCAGAUCCAUGGCCACACUAAUGACAGAUGAGAUUUUCCACGAUGUGGCAUACAAGGCCAAAGACCGAACGGAUCUCCUCUCGGGAAUAGAUGAGUUCCUUGAUCAAGUGACUGUUCUGCCUCCUGGAGAAUGGGACCCCACAAUCCGGAUUGAGCCCCCCAAAAAUGUCCCAUCUCAACUAAAGAGGAAGAGACCGUCUCAGCCCAAUGGCACUGCGUCUCCAGGAGAGCUGGAAAAGGAGGAGGACCAUCACGCAGGGCCUGAGCUGCAGAGGACCGGGAGGAUAUUUGGAGGUCUGGUCCUGGACGUCAAGCGGAAGUUACCAUUCUACUGGAGCGACAUCAGGGACUCCCUCAGUCUGCAGUGUCUAGCCUCCAUCCUGUUCCUCUACUGCGCCUGCAUGUCCCCUGUCAUCACAUUUGGAGGUCUGCUUGGGGAGGCAACAAAAGGCAACAUAAGUGCCAUAGAGUCUCUAUUUGGGGCCUCACUGACAGGAGUGGCAUACUCCCUCUUCGCAGGCCAGCCCCUCACUAUUCUUGGCAGUACAGGACCUGUUUUAGUGUUUGAGAAGAUCCUCUUCAAGUUCUGCAAUGACUAUGGCCUUUCCUACCUGUCGCUGCGGACCAGCAUUGGUCUAUGGACAGCCUUCCUGUGUCUGGUCCUGGUGGCCACAGAUGCUAGUUCCCUGGUCUGCUACAUCACCCGAUUCACAGAGGAGGCCUUUGCUGCACUCAUCUGCAUCAUCUUCAUCUACGAGGCUCUAGAGAAGCUCUUUCACCUGGGAGAACACUACCCCGUCAACAUGCACAACAACUUGGACAACCUUACCCUGUAUUCGUGUCAGUGCUCUCCACCAGCCAAUGUCUCAGAUCAGCUCACGCAGGAGUGGAACCAGACAGGAUACAGCCCAGACUCCAUCCCAUGGAGCAGCCUCAAUGUUUCGAUGUGUAAGAUACUCAAUGGGGAGUUUGUGGGUCCUGCCUGCGGUCAUCAUGGGCCCUACAUCCCAGAUGUUCUCUUCUGGUCUAUUAUCCUCUUCUUCACCACCUUUUUCCUCUCUUCCUUCCUUAAGCAGUUCAAGACAGAGACAUAUUUUCCCACCAAGGUGCGAUCCACCAUCAGCGACUUUGCUGUGUUCAUAACCAUCAUGAUCAUGGUGAUGGUGGACUAUCUAAUGGGGAUCCCCUCUCCUAAACUUAAUGUCCCUGACCGCUUUGAGCCAACUUCAAAGAACCGAGGCUGGCUGAUGGACCCCUUAGGAGAAAAUCCCUGGUGGACGCUUCUGGUGGCAGCACUUCCUGCCUUGCUCUGCACCAUCCUCAUCUUUAUGGACCAGCAGAUCACUGCAGUCAUCAUCAACCGCAAGGAGCACAAGCUCAAGAAAGGUUGCGGCUAUCACCUGGACUUGCUGAUAGUGGCAAUUAUGCUGGGUGUGUGCUCCAUUAUGGGCCUGCCGUGGUUCGUGGCUGCAACAGUCCUGUCCAUCUCCCACGUUAACAGCCUGAAGGUGGAGUCCGGCUGCUCCGCUCCAGGAGAGCAGCCCAAGUUUCUGGGUAUCCGGGAGCAGCGAGUCACUGGAUUCAUGAUCUUUGUCCUCAUGGGUUGUUCUGUUUUCAUGACCUCAGCGCUCAAGUUUAUUCCUAUGCCAGUCCUGUAUGGAGUCUUUCUCUACAUGGGUGUCUCUUCCCUCAAAGGCAUUCAAUUCUUUGACAGAAUCAAGCUGUUCGGCAUGCCUGCCAAGCACCAGCCUGAUCUGAUCUAUCUGCGCUAUGUGCCGCUGUGGAAGGUGCAUAUCUUCACCCUGGUGCAGCUCACCUGUUUGGUGCUGCUCUGGGUCAUCAAGGCCUCUGCAGCAGCUGUUGUGUUUCCCAUGAUGGUUCUGGCGCUGGUCUUUAUCCGAAAGCUUCUAGACUUUUGCUUCACCAAUAGAGAGCUGAGCUGGCUGGAUGACUUGAUGCCAGAAAGCAAGAAGAAGAAAGAGGACGAUAAGAAAAAAAAAGCACAAGAAAAGCUGGCUUCCAAUACUGUUUUCAUUCAGGAAGAAGAGUCCAGACUGCAGGACGAAGAGAUGGGGCUGAAGGUCAGCUUUGAAGGCUCCAACCUGCUCAGCAUCCCAGUGAAGACACUCUCAGGGAAUUUUGAUUCUGACCCCUUGGUUGUAAAUAUCUCUGAUGACAUGGCCAAAACCGCAGCGUGGAAAGCAGUGAACUCGAGUGCAGAGUCAUGUGCUCUACCUGUGAAGCGUAGUGGAAGCCAGGAGAAGGUGGCCUGCGUUAGAGUAGACGUCAGACCAGAUACACCUGGAGGGGGUUCCACUGCUGAGACCUUCCUGUGAUAGAGGGACGCCCUCCUACCCUCCUGAUACCUUUUCCCACACAACACCAUCUUAGUGGCAAAGGGGGCAUAGAACUGGAGCAGCACAACCUGCCUGCAGUGUUCCCUUCCUCAGGGCAGCAGGCCAGCUCCCCCAGGGCUGUGAGUCCUACUCACUCAAGUCUCGAAGUGUGCAGCACAUAUACAAAUGGCUGCCAUGAUGUACUGUAGAGCGCACAUCUAGCGAUUUGUCAUCCAUUAAAAUCACAGAUGCCAAAGGAAGGGGCCUCACUGGUGGGGAUCUUGGACUACGUGAAUUGAAUUUUACUUUUAACCUACUGUUUAUUUUAAUUUAAAUUUUACUGUUAUUGUUGUAGCUGGUCACAGUACUGUACAUUUUGGGUUCUUUGUAGCUCAUGCACCAUGAGCUGUCCUGCACUGUUUGUUUCCAUGUAAUUUAAGCCAAAUUAAGGCCUUUCACCUAACUAUACCAGCUUCAAAACUCAUUUAAUUAAAGCCAUUCAGGUACUGUCAGUGCUAGCUGAUUCUAUUUCAUAAUUAGUCUGGCACAGUAAAUGACACAAACCCAGAGGUACAUUCAGAUAGAUGUUACUACUACACCACACUACUACUGCAUACAUCUUUUUAGAAUUUGCUCAUGAGUCAUCUCUUGUCUGCAGGGGAACACUCAGUAUUGAUAUUGCUGCUCAUAAGUUGGUCAGUUGUUUUCACUGUAAACCUCACUGUUCACAUUGUAUGUGAUGUUAUAGAAAUAUCAUUAUGUAUGUAUGCAUGUGUACUGUGUUCUUUUCAUUUGUAACAUUAUAGAAAACCUACUUCAGAGGCCAUAUGAAGUCUGUACUGUAUAGUAAGCACUUUGCCAGUAUAGUUUCUUACGUACAAUGGAUUGUAGUGUGUUAAUGAAAAGGUUACUUCUCCUCCCACCGUAUCUAGAGAGCUGUUGUUCAAAUGUCAGUUAAACAACUCAGGAAUCUUGAAUGAUUUCUGACUGUGGUCACUUGAUAUUUUUGUCACAAGGCGGUGUCAAAUAACUGUCCACUGUAUUCAUCGCUGGUGUCACAACUAUUUUAAUAAAUGCUGUAAAUCAUAAAUUAUAGUAAGGUGCAAAAUAUAAGAGAGAAUAUUCAUGACCCCAGUUAGUUGCACCUGUUUUUUACUGUCUGUAUUAUUGUUGGUAAUAGUGUAUCUGUGUGUGUGGUGUAAAGAUCAUUUGGUAUGUUCAGCAUUGCAAAUCAUUUUAUGCAAAAUAUUUCUACAGUAAAUGUAAAAACUAUUAUAUUCUAUGAAGUUGUUCUUAUUUUGCUAAGUGCAGUCCUGUUUUAGCAAUAAGUAUUCCAUACUGUGCAGUGUAUGGACUCAUGAACCUAGCUAAUAUUCAGGCAAAGAAUAAUUUGUGAAAUGAUUUUUGUGUCUGUUUCAUCGACUAUGUGUGUAGCUACAGUGACUAUACGGACAAUAGCUUACGUGCCUUGUCAAAGCUCUUUAUGUGCAAGUCUUGUAAUGGUAAUUUAAGUGUUCAGAACAGAUGUACAGGAACACACAUGGUGACACACAAAUCCCAAAGACAGACCAUCAUUAUUUAACAAGAGUGAACCAGUACACAGCUCGUUUGCAGAGGCUUACUUACUUCUGUCGUUGUGUUAUUCCACAUCUGUGUGAAAGUCGUAGCCUGAGCCACCAACUCAAACAAUGUAACUCAAUUUAUCUUCCAUUCACAAAUGUAACUCAAAAUACAGUUUCUGUGUGUCUUCUACUGUCACGGCUCUAGUAUUUGCUCACGACAUAAAAGCUCUGUAAUCAAUAUUAAGGUAUCGUUUUUUUGAAUGAUCAGAUCAGUGAAUGUCAAAUUACUGUACCGUCAACAUCAAAAAUGAAGUCAGCAACAUUUUGCCAAACAUGUAUUUCCUAAAAACAAAAUCUUAAAUUUGAAUUCAGUCACACGUUAUGACCUUACACAUAUGGACCAUUUGAUAUAAAAAUCUGAGUUAUCCGAUCAGUGGAAUCAUCAUAUAAAGUGAACAUCCACCAACAAGUACUUAUAAUUUCAUAAUGUUGUUUAUUUUGAUGAAAAAUACCCUAUUUUCACAUGACAUCAGUUUCUAUAUAUAUAUAUAUAUGUGUGUAUUUUACAGGUGGAUAAACUAUGUCAACCACAAAGGUGGAGAUUUUACCUCCAUCAUCACUCCAAUAUCACUAAGUAAAACUGCAUUUGUUCUGAUGUACAGACACAACAUUAGUGAAGCACAUAGCAUCCUGUUGUUAGCUUGAAUGAUGACUUUUCUGUCAUUGCCAAUUGGUGCAAAGCAAUAAAAGUGAAUACAUGGUGA